GGGGAGCGAAGCCGCCGGGCGACGAGAGAUGGCGGCGCAGCUGGAGCAGUCCCCGCUCACCGGGGUGGCCUGGGCUUCCAGUCCCGGCGCGGCGCCCUUCGGCUGGACACCGAUCACCUCAACCCUGGAAGGAGCCACAGCCAACUUCGGGAAAGGAUUUGGGCAGAAAUCAGGCUACGUCUUGUGCAUCACCUCCACGGCGGCCAGUGAAACCUCCCCAGGCGAUGUGGUAGCCGAUGUACAGAUCCUGAGCGAGAAAACACCUCUGCCUACAGGAUACAUUUACAUUAGGGAGUUCUUAGAACCAAAAACGUCCAUUUCCAAGAAGAAACGAAUUUGUGUGAAGCUUGUCCCCUUAGGUGUGGCAGAACUAGUUGUUUUUGACAUUAUGCUGAGUGGCAAGAGUAAAGUGGUUCCAUGCUAUAUGAAGAUAGGGGAAAUUAGCAGCUUUGCUGUUUGGUGUAAAAAGGGGCACCUUCUCAAACCUAAACCCCUUCCAAAACCAAGGAAUAUCAGUCCAGCAAUGAAGGGGCUUUCACUGGAGACAACAGACCUGGAUAACAAAAAGACAGAAUUUUCAUCGGAAAAGUCUUUGACUAGAAUUGGCUCAAAAUAUGUAUCCCUCAAACGAGAUGAUUCCAUUUAUGAUACAUCUAACCUCUAUGGCAUUUCAGCCAUGGACGGGGUACCUUUCGCACUACACCCCCGAUUUGAAAGCAGCAUCACUACUAGGACUAAUGCCUUUUCCAUCUUCACGGACUUGAACAUUAAGUCUCUUGCUGACAUUGAGAAGGAGUAUGACUAUGCCUUUGUAGUUGAAAGGACUGCGGCUGCCAGACUCCCACCCAGCAUCUGUUAGCAUCGAGCAGCACAGAGUGCUACUAAAGCACAGGGUACAUGUCCCUUCUAGCAGAUAAAGUUACAUUCUGCCUACUAAAUCAUUCCAUUGAGGCUGUCUGUUGCCACAGGUGCAUAAACUGCACAACCCGAUGUGAUGGACUCAAUUCUCUAAAGGACACUCCUGUAAAGAACUGAAUGAACUC